UCAGUGCGCAGUGUAGUGCGGCACGCGCGAGGGUACACAACACGCGACUUUCUACACAGCUGACAGUGAAUGCAGUAAUAAACAUAAAACAUCUGCUUUAUACAAACACUAAACAUCUGAUGCGGCUUUAUAUCCAUUGGCAUCGAGACAGCAAACCGAUUACUGAUUACACAGGAUGAUGGAGAGGAAACUAAUCUGACUUUAUAUUUGUCCUGCUUCAAAUAUGGACAGCUGAUGGUGUAAAAGAGGAAGUAUAACGACAAACUGCCCUCAUUCACAGGGGCCACAAGGCAAACACAUCAGGCAACAGUUUUACACAAGUCGACUGUCCUGAGAACAGUAAUGGCUGCUUACGGACAGACGCAGUACAGCCCUGCGUUACAGCCAGCAGGACCUUAUACAGCUUACACGCAUCCAACACAGAGCUAUAGUAUGACAUCAUACAAUAUAAAGUCAGAAGACGGUGUGAGCCAUUCACCCGGUCAAAGCAGUUUACUGGGUUACACGACUAACUUCAGCGCAACUCCACCCAGUCAAGCCCUUUACAGUUAUUCAACACACGGCGGCAGCAUUUCUUCUGGAAUUUUCCAGGGAGCAAACGGGAUCGCAGGAUCAACGCCAUUCAGUCCCACACAGCAGGACUUCUCAGCGUAUUCAAGCUACAGUCAAAGUCAAUAUUCGCCGUACUACAACACACACUACAACAGUCCAUACCUCACAACCAGCAACAUCACGCCGUCAGCCAUCACCACAGCGAUACCCUACCAACAUCCAGAGCAUCCUGCUGUAUCCACCAAUCACAGCCCAGAUUCACACACAGGAGAGUACCACGCUCCCACGAGUCCUCAGACUCCAGGAAAGGAACAGGACGGCGUUCCGACUCGACGCUGCUCAGACGUGAAGCUGAGAGGCAGGAAACGAGUCAAUGACCCCGUACCCCCUCUGGACUCUGACAUUGAGAGAGUGUUUAUCUGGGACCUGGAUGAAACCAUCAUCAUUUUCCAUUCGCUCCUCACUGGGACAUUUUCCACGCGAUUCGGCAAGGAUUCUGCCAAAGCGGUUUCUCUUGGGCUGUGGAUGGAAGAGAUGAUCUUCAAUUUGGCUGAUUCACGUCUCUUUUUCAACGACCUGGAGGAAUGUGACCAAGUUCACAUCGAUGAUGUGGCCUCAGAUGACAAUGGGCAGGACUUGAGUACUUAUAACUUUGGCACAGAUGGCUUCCAGAGCCCAGCAGGCGGUGGCACGCUCUGUUUAGGUUCAGGUGUUCAUGGAGGGGUCGACUGGAUGAGGAAACUCGCUUUCCGCUAUCGAAGAGUAAAGGAGAUCUAUAACACAUACAAGAAUAAUGUAGGAGGUUUGUUGGGAAGUCCGAAGCGAGAGGAAUGGUUACAGUUGAGGAGAGAGAUGGAGGUUUUGACAGACCUGUGGCUCACACAAGCACUAAAGGCUCUCGCUCUCAUCAACUCCAGGCCAAACUGCGUGAAUGUGAUGGUGACGACCACACAACUCAUUCCGGCUCUUUCCAAAGUGCUCCUCUAUGGUCUUGGUGCCGCUUUUCCCAUCGAAAACAUCUACAGUGCCACCAAAACAGGUAAAGAAAGCUGUUUCGAGCGAGUGACUCAGAGGUUUGGUCGGCGAGCCGUGUACGUGGUCGUAGGAGAUGGCGUAGAGGAGGAGACAGUCGCAAAAAAGAAAAACAUGCCCUUCUGGAGGGUGACGUGCAGGGCCGACCUGGAGGCAUUGAGUCACGCACUUGAGCUGGACUACCUCUAGAGAGCAGCAUCUGCUCGCCAACUCUUCAUCCGCCUGCCUACCGCUGCGAUGCAGACAUGUGCGCUUGACACAAAUCACAUGACCAAGCCAAGGACUGCAGAGCCAAUCAGCAGGGAGUGGCACUCUGACUGGAAACAUUUGCUUUCAAAUCAAUCCAAGAUCAACGUUUAUGUCUCUUUCUCGCUUUCCACCUGAGACGAGUAUCUUUUCUUUCAAUUUCUUCUUCUUAACCACAGCACUGCACUGAAAACAGACCUGAGAUUUGUCAUAAAGAAUUCAAGGCAUUGGCUAUGUUCAUGCGACUCUUUUCUAGUAGGCAUUAUAUGUAUCGACUGUACUGUAUGUAUUGACUAUUGACCUACAAAAUUGGAGUGCAUACUGUGUUGCAAACUGCAAUGCAAUGCAAUGUGGUUGACUU